GUCUCUUUUCCGUGUCAGUGGUUGCUUUGCGCAGAACUGAGUUGUAGGCUCUUCUAGUUUUGACUAAAUCAUUUGAUCGCGAUUCAUUUGAACCAACACACUGUUUGGAGGCUUCCUUACCUUCUUACAUAACUUUACUGUACCGUAUUGUGAUUCAAUUGGCACCGCUCAAGACGAAGGUGUGCUUAGGGGAGCAGGAAUUUGCAAGAGCAAGGCAGCCCCCCGGACCACUAACCUCAAAGGUGUAUUGAAUGACCCUGAAAGGCGUCUUACUCCAACACACUCACAGUUAAUUCGAAAUAAACAUAAACCAUCAAGUUCUUUACUACACAACUUCCAAGUACAGCUGAACUAGGAGCGAGAUCUCAGCCAGCACACCCCAUGGCAAACUCAGAGGGAAAGAAUCAACCUGGACCUGUCUUUUCCACCUCAAGGACAGCCAAUGUUGAAUACAGAGCUGUCCAUGGGGGUCUUGUCAAUGCACCACAACUUACAAACUGCAAUAUUAAUGGGCAUGUUGCAUUCAAUAUUAAGAUGGGCAACAGAAAAAAGGAUGUGAAUGUGGAUUCUGCACGUGUCUUUGAGAGAAUUUCGGAAGACGUGAAGAAGAGACUGAAGAAACAAGUACUAUAUAUCGUUGAGGGCAAUGAAACUAGAAAGGAGAAGAAACCCUUAAACCAAAUCUACACAAAAGUCUACAUCACAGAGGGAGAGGCUAGUGUUGUUAAUGAAGCAUGAAAUAUGCCAGCUAGAUUCAGCUGCCAAGACUCAACCAAAUGGUAAGGAAAUUGAGUACAACGAUAUCUUCAAACAACGUGAAGACAUCAGGUCUGUGCUGACCAAAGGAAACGCUGGCAUAGGGAAAACAGUUAUUGUGCAUAAAUGUAUCCUUGACUGGGCGGAGGACAAAGCCAAUCACGACAUAAAGCUCAUGUUGCUCUUACCCUUUCGGGAGCUCAGUUUACUUACAGGAGAAUAUAGUUUUCACACACUUCUCAUCGAGCUCUACCCAGAACUUGCUGAGCUUAAGGAUCCAAAGAUCUACAACAGCAAUAAAACUGUCUUCAUCCUUGAUGGCCUGGAUGAAAGCAGAUUUAAGUUGGACUUUUCCAAGAAGCUAGUAGCAGACAUGAACCAGCACACCACAGUGGACGUCCUGAUCACAAGCCUCAUUAAAGGGAAACUGAUGGACUCUGCUCUCCUUUGGAUAACCUCACGACCAGCAGCUGUCACCCGGGCCCUGUAUAAGCACAUCGACCAAGUUACUGAAGUCCGAGGUUUCAAUGACACACAGAAGGAAAAAUAUUUCCACAGGAGGAUCAGCAAACCAGACCUUGCCAACAACAUCAUCUCGCACAUAAAGUCAUCUCGGGUCCUCUAUAUCAUGUGCCAUAUCCCUCUGUUUUGCUGGAUCGCGGCAACUGUUUUUCUGAACAUGCUUAGUCGGGGUGAUUACAAGGAUAUUCCCAAAACCCUUACCAGUAUGUAUUGCCACUUUUUGCUCAUUCAGGCUGACAGGACACAUCAGAAGAACCAUGGUGCAUAUGAAAUGAGCAGGCAGAAACUUCUUGAGUGUAACAGAGAAGUAAUUUUGAAAGUUGCUCAGCUGGCUUUUAAACAGCUGCUCAAGGCCAGACUUAUUUUUUCUGAAGAGGACCUUAAGGAAUGUGGAAUUGACGCAAAUGAUUCCCUUGUCUCUGGGAUGUGCACAGAGAUCUUAAAGGUAGAACCUACCUGUUAUGUAAACACCUUCCACGAGAAGACCUACUGCUUUGUGCAUCUGAGCAUCCAGGAGUUCCUUGCUGCUUUCUAUGCAUUUCACUGUUAUAUAAGCAAUAACUUGAACCCCAUCAUGACCUUUCUGGCACAGGGGACAAAAGCUGUGCCUGAGCAUCUCGGACUGGACGACUUGCUGAAAAUUGCAGUCAACAAAGCACUGGACAGUAAAAAUGGACACUUCGACCUGUUUGUCCGCUUUCUUCAUGGCAUGUCACUGGAGACCAAUCAAAGAAUUUUAGGCGGUCUGCUGCCCAAUGUAGAGUCAGAUUCAGAGACUAUGAGAAAAAUAAUCGGCAACCUGAAAAAAAUGCAGCGGAAGAAUAUCUCAGCAGAACGGUGCAUGAACCUCUUCCAUUGCCUCAGUGAAAUGAACGACUGCUCGGUCCGUGAGGAAGUCCAAGGAUUUUUGAAUUCAGAGAAAGGCUCUGUCAAAGUGUUGUCACUAGCACACUGCUCUGCACUAGCCUACAUGCUUCAGUUCUCUGAUGAGGUGCAGGAAGAGUUUGACCUGAGGAAGUACAACACAUCUGACGAGGGACGCAAGAGGCUGGUUCCAGCAGUGAAAAGCUGCAGUAAGGCUCUUCUUGUUGGCUGUAAACUCUCAGAGAACUCCUGUGACAUUGUGGCCUCAGCAUUACAGUCUGAAAACUCAGCACUGAGAGAGUUGGACCUAAGUGACAACGAUCUUCAGGAUUCAGGGGUGAAAAUUCUCUGUGCUGGACUGAAGAGUACAAACUGCAAACUGGAGAAACUGAGAUUAUCUUGCUGUGGCAUCACAAGGGCUGGCUGUGAGGCACUGGCCUCUGCUCUUCGUUCCAAGCCUUCUUACCUGACAGAGCUCGACCUGAGUCGCAACUACCCAGGGGUCGAAGGAAAGGCCAAACUCUCUAAAAUACAGAAGAAACAACAGUGUACAAUAAGUUUUGAUGACGAGGCAGAGUACUGGUUGAAGUCUGGAUUAAGGGAAUAUGCCUGCGAAAUCACUUUAAACCCAAACACAGCCCACAGAAAGCUAUCGUGGAAGAACCAAAAAGUCAACGUGCACGAGUCAGACCAGGAACACCCUGAUUGCCCAGAGCGAUUCAAGCACUGUCAGCAGUUCCUUUGCAGUGAAGGACUGACUGGAAAGGCUUACUGGGAAAUCGACUGGAAUGGACGGGCCUCGAUUGGCGUUGCAUACAAGAGCAUUAGCAGGGACAGACUGGACAAAAGCCGACUCGGAUGCAACAACAAGUCCUGGAGUCUAGAAUGCUAUCUCUCUGAGUACCUCGCCAAACACAACAACGAGACUGAACACAUCCCGGCUCCUCGCUCCCACUCUGGGCGACUAGGAGUGUUCUUGGACUGGCAAGGCGGAACCCUGUCCUUCUACAGUGUCUCCUCCGGAACCCUUUCCCACCUGCACACGUUCCAUGGGAGAUUUGGCGAACCCCUUUACCCAGGGUUUGAGGUUUCAAAGAGUGUUACCAUAUGCCAACACAAAAAACCUACCAAGAGAAAGGCUAAUGAUUUGUAAGAUGCUUUGUUAUGCUGCAAUCACGGUUUAAUAACUUGGCAUAACAGGACUAUUACUUACUAUGGCCUUAGUAUAGUCAGGAUGUAUUUUUGCAGGCUUUUAUUUUUGUAUGUAUGCAGGACUACAUUUUCCAUAUAUUCGUAAGAUCAUGUACAAAAAUCCUUUCAUUUUACCAGCUUAUCUCUAUGAUGUUCUCAGGUAUUUUUGACUAUAUCUGUAGUGUUUUGUAAUGUUUUGGGGGAUCAAUUGUUUUUCUACGUUUUUUAUUCCUUACAUCACUUGUCAGUCAGAAAUGUAUAUCACUGACUAAAUCAAAUAUAAAAUAAAUACAAAAUUAUACAAAUAAUGAAGACAAUGUUUUGUAAGUUUUGUUUAUGUGAAUCAUGUGUCAUGAGACCACAACCAACCAUCAGAUGAAGCAACGACCAUUGUUGCAUGACAGCAAGGCAGUGUUAUUAUUUGGAUCAACAUUUCCCGAUAGCUUCCCGAUAGUGAUAGUAAUUGUUCAAUUAAGCUAAUGAUAGUGAGACGAUCAUGUUGAACACACUCUCUCUUGAUUACCACAGUGGUUGUCUGUUUCCAGCUGAACACCGAGCUGAGCAGGGCUAGACAAUCCACUUA